CUACUUAUAAAGAUUCUAUGGGCGACAGCUAUAUGGUCUUUUCCCUCACCGGUUUCAGACUUUAGCUUACUUCUAACGCAAUGCUGUAAACUUUUUUGUGCUUCUGCUGUAGUUUUGAGGGAAAAAAAAGACCCUGUAAUCUGAUCUCAAAAAUGGGGAAUGUUUGUCAAAAUUCUAUGGCCACUGACAAUGUGAAUUUCGAUGAAAAUGCAUCCGACAUCGAGUGGGAGACCAGACUUCCUCCGCAUUACCACAAAAUCCUUUCCAGGGCCGUCACACAGAAGAAAUGUUCUUCAAAAGAAGAAAUCUAUGUCGCCCUUUGCAAUUCAAUCCUCAUAGAAGAGGGAAAACAGAUCGUUUGGCUGGAUCAAUCGACGGAAAAAAUAGGGUUGAAGGCGUCUGCUCGUUCUUUGGUCAUCAUCUGGGGUAACGAGGAUAAGUAUUGGCGGUGGGUGCAAACAGAGGAAUCCAGUUUUGCUUUACACAGUUUUGGGCAAGUAGCCGAGUUAGUUGAAGUGUGGUGGUUCGAGGUGUAUCAGCGAUUUGAAUGUACACUCUUGUCUUCGAAUACAGAGUACACAGUGGCCUUCAUUGUUAAGAUUGAUAAAAGCAGAACGAAUUCUUAUCCAUCGCCGUUUGUGUUUUCUUUCAAGACACCCGAGGGGAAUUGGACACGUUCGGCUCGAUUUUUGGAUGAUUUAGAUAAACCCGUUGAAAGUCAUGAGGGUUUGCAGAUGACUCCUCUGAGGUAUGCAGAGAAUGGAUGGAUUGAGUUUAUUGUUGGCGAAUUCUUUUUAAAAGAAGAUGAUGGCUGCGGCCGGACAAGAGUGAUUGAUGUGUACAUGAAAAAUGAGAAUUCCAGCUUCAGUAAAAGCGGUAUUUUCUUAGAUGGGGUUAAGAUCACACCUAAACAAUUGUAAGUGCAGGGUUUUCUUCAUUUUCUCUCUGGAAGCCUGGGGUAAUGAAAUUUAGGGCAUCAUGGUAAGCUAUGUCAAAUUUGUUUCAUAUGUCGAAAUUAUAUAUAAAUAUAUAUAUCUCAAAUCUCAAAGAGAAACUCAGGCAGGAAAAGAACCCUGCAAGAUUAGAGUUUUGUUCUAUUUUAUGAGGUAGCGAGGAUUGGAACCUAGGACCUAUAUAAUACUAGAUAUUAUAAUGGCCUGAACAUUUUAACAGGCUUCU